AUGAGACAUUGUUGCCCUUUUCCAUUCUUCUUCUACAUCGACUGGGGGAUUGAUUUUUUCCAUUGUAGAACCCUAAAAUCUAUUUUCUUCUUUUCUCCUUUCAUUGAGAGAAUACUCAGCUCAAGUUCCGGAUCUGAUGCAAAUUCAAAACAGAGCCGUGGUCCUCUUUGCAAUUGUGGUAGAGCGACAAGUAUUGUGAAGGCAUGGACAAAUAAGAAUCUGGGUAGAAGAUUCUUCAGAUGUGUUGUACAUGGUUUCCUCAAUUGGGUAGAUGAAGAUAAGCCACACGGUUGGCAGAAGGUGAGAUUACUCGAGGCGAGAGAUGAGAUCAAGGCACUAAAAGAAUCUUUAAAGAUCAUGAAUGAACAAAUUGGGAUAGGUUCCACCACAUUCUCCACUGACCUAGUAAAGAAACAUGAGGAAGAAAAGAUGAAGCUUGAAAUUGAAGUGAUGAGAGCUAAUGAGGAGAACAAGAAGCUUGAAAAUGAAGUUAUGAGAGCUAAUGAGAGGGAAAAAUUGCUUCGGCAGUUUGUGGUGAUGUCUUGGGGAGGUUUCAUUGUUGUUAUUGCAAUGAUACUUGUAAUGGGAAAGAAGUAAAUUACGUAUUGUUAUGUUGUUAGAAGUUGGUUACUUAGUUGGUGUUCAUGUUGUAUGGCUGUGAAAAUGGGAACUUUGUGAAAUGUAAUCUUGUUUAUCCUAAGUUGUCAAACUUCAU